AGGGAGAGAGAGAGAGAGAGGGCAGCUGGAGGCGACAGAGCGAGCUUCAGUAGAGAGAGAGAGAGAGGAGGCAGAGGACGGAGUAUGAAGGAGACGCAGAGUUUCUGUUUAUGAAAACUACAAAACGGUAGCGAUGGGAAACACAGACAGUCACAGCGGCUUCGUCCCACCUGCCAAAACCCCUGGCUCGCUCUGCGUCGCCUCCAAGAGGGAGGAGGUGCCGUCGGCUCGUAGCUGGUGGAGGAACAACCAGGGAGGGGGCAGGUCCAGGGGGAGGAGUUACCAGAACCAGAACACCACCUGGCACUAUGACCACGCCCCCAGAGACUUGGCGAGAGGAGGAGCUAAACUGGGAGCUGGAUCUCCUCAGAAGUUCAGGAGUCAGUUUGGAUUCUUGGAGAACGGAGGAGGAAGUAAUGGGAUUUGUGGGGAGCGCACGUCUUUACAGAGCGGUGGCAGCGGCAGCCCAAAGGUGCUGCUCAGCAAAGAUGGCAGCAUGAGGGUGGAGUUUACCAAGACCAGGGUCGUCGCCAUGGAGACACAGGGACUCAACGGAUUGGCCGCCACCUCCUUGACUGCGACCCCGGUCGGUGACGCCUCGCUCCGCACCAGCAAGGGCAGUUCACUCAGCUCAGACGGCUCCUGGUACGACUCUCCGUGGGGGAGUGGCGGCGGCGGCGAGCUCGCUGACAACGUAUUCAUGAGUGUGGUGAACAGCAGCGGAUACACGGCCUUCUCUUCCGCCCCCGCAGAGGAGAAAGCCACCUCUAACGGUGGGUUUAACACCUUUUUCUCAGCGCCCGGAUUUACCUCGAGUCUCCUCUUCCCCGCCGCCGAGACGAGCGAGUUCCCCUCCUCCUCCACGGGAUACAAUACCUGCUCCUCCGGACGGACGGAGGACAGCGGCAUCGGGGACUCUCUGAUCCUGCAGCCCGACCUGACGGACUUCAGCGUGGACGACAUUUACUCCAGCCACAACACGCUGCCCGCUUUCCCCACCCAACCUGACGUCUCCCUGCAGCAGCAAAGGACCGCGCCCUCCUCCGCCUCCUCCUCAUCGGUGCUGCUAGAUGAUGUCAUCCAGGAGGAGGAGGGGUCAGGAGGAGGAGGCGUGGAGAAGUGUUACUCUUCCAUGACACUUCCCUGUCGUAGGACCGCCCCCCUCAGCACCUCCGCCGCCUCCGUCACCUCCGGGAACGGCCGCAAAGACUUCCUGAAGAGUCGAAUCAGGCAACUCAGCGACUGGACAGGAAGUCUGAGCAGGAAGAAGAGGAGGAUUCAGGAGCCGUACGGCAGCGACAACGGUGAUGUUUUCACAAACGGGCUGGACUCUGGGCUGGGAGGUAGCAGCACCCUGUGGUCCUGCAACCCUCUCCACUCUCUGAACCAAAACCAGAACCAGUUCCCACCAGUUCACUCCUCCAGAAACCAGAUCCAGAGCAGUGACGCCCAGCGGCAGAACGUCUACCAAAACUUCAUGCAGGAGCUGGAGACAGGCUGCAGCAGCGCCGCAGACCGGACCGAGCCGUCAGAGGGGGAGGGGGAGGGGGGGGAGGAAGAGGAAGAAGAGGGGGAGGAGGAGAUGGACGGGGAGGUGGAGGUCGGAGGAGGGGAGCAGCUGGACGUCCUGUUUGAGAAGGAGCAGGGCGUGGUGAGACGGGCCGGAUGGCUCUCUUUUAAAGCUCUCGUUGCCGUCAACAAGGACAGGAAGCUGGAGCUGGUGGCUCGCCGCAAGUGGAGACACUACUGGGUCACUCUAAAAGGUUGCACUCUUCUGUUUUACGACACGUACGGGAAAACCCUCAGCGCUGACCAGGAGCUGUCUCCUCGAUACGCUCUGCUGGCCGACGACAGCAUCGUCCAGGCCGUCCCCGAACACCCGAAGAAGGAACACGUCUUCUGUCUGAGCAAUGCACACGGAGACGUCUACCUGUUCCAGGCCACCAACCAGACCGACCUGGAGAACUGGGUGACGGCGAUCCACUCGGCGAGCGCCUCCUUGCUGGCGAAGCGUCAGGGGAAGGAGGACACGCUGCGUCUCCUGCGCUGCCAGAGCCGCUCGCUGCUGCACAAGAUCGACAUGGACGGGAAGAUGAAGAAGAUGGCUGAGCUGCAGCUGUCCGUCAUCAAGGAGCAGAAGAACAGGAAGGCCGUGGAGAGCCAGAUUCAGCAGUGGGAGCAGAACCUGGAGAAGCUGAACCUGGAUCUGUUCCAGUUGAGGUGUUACCUGUCCAGCCUGCAGGGUGGCGAGCUCCCCAACCCCAAGAGCCUCCUCGCCGUGGCCAGCCGGCCCUCCAAGAGCAUGCUGGGACGUCUGGGAGUAUUCUCUGUGUCGUCAUUCCACGCCCUGGUGUGCAGUCGAGAUGAGGAGGUGUUGAGGAGGAGGUGGAGGUCUCUGUCAGGAGGAGGCAGCAGGAGGCGGGGCCUGCCGUCCUCUCUGAAGGUUCUGGAUGGAGCGAACAGACGCAGCAGAGACGGCAGACACUCCACGUCCCAGACAGCCGACUGUGCGUCCAAUCAGAGUGAGGCGGCGCCCUCUGCAGGCCGUCCAGCAGCUCUACAGGUGAGCGAUGAUCCCGCUCCUCCCCUCGAUGUCUUCACGCUGAGUGUUUCUCGACACGACGCCGCAGACGACUUCGGUUUCGCGGUGACGGGUCACGUGGACGGAGCGGGGAGGAGUCACAUCUACGUGAGCGAGGUGGAGCGGCGAGGACUGUCGGCACGAGAAGGCCUCAGGGCGGGCGACGAGGUCCUGGCUGUGAACGGGCUCUCCGUGUCCGGUCUGGAUCUGGACCUGAUGCAGAGUCUCUUCAGCCACCAGAAGCUCCAGCUGCUGCUCCGGAGGGACGAGUCCCCCGACCCCGAGGAGCCGGACGCCGUCUGGCCUGACCCUGGUGACCCCGGCCUGCCCCCAUCCCACACUAACCCUAACCCCCAGACCUGGACCAACGACUCUUCAUCUUCUCUUCCCGCUCCACACGGCGGCCAGCUUCCUGUUUCUGACCACGUUUCAUCCAGACCGUCUGAAGACGCCGAGCUGCAGAACGUGGAGCGGGUCUACUCUCUUUACCAGACUUUCCCAGAAUGCCAAGCAGCGGAGGCGGAUGUUCCCAAGAACCCGUACAGCAGAGAGGCGGGUCUUCAGCCUCCGAGCCCCGCCCACCUGAGCGUGUGUCAGCGCCUUCGUAAAGUCGUCCAGGAGCUGGUGGACACGGAGAAGUCCUACGUCAAGGACCUGGUGUGUCUGUUUGACGUCUACCUGACUCCUCUGCAGCAGGAGACGUUCCUCAGUAAAGAAGAGAUGGAGGCGUUGUUCGGAUGUCUGCCUGAGAUGUUGGACUUCCAGAAAGUCUUCCUACAAACGCUGGAGGAGAGGAUUGCUUCCUGUCCGAACUUCAGCCACCUGGAGACGCCUGCACAGUUCAAGAAACUCCUCUUCUCGUUGGGAGGAUCUUUUCUUUACUACGCCGACCAUUUCAAGCACUACAGCGGCUUCUGUGCAAACCACAUCAAAGUGCAGAAAGUUCUGGAAAGAGCGAAGACAGACGCAGCCUUCAAACACUUCCUGGAGGCGAGGAAUCCGACCAAUCAGCACUCGUCGUCUCUGGAGUCGUACCUGAUCAAACCGGUUCAGAGAGUCCUGAAGUAUCCGCUGCUGCUCCGAGAGCUGGCGUCCCUGACCGACCCCGAGAGCCCCGAACACACACACCUGACAGAGGCGCUGCGGGCGAUGGAGAAGGUGGCGAGUCACAUAAACGAGAUGCAGAAGAUCUACGAGGAUUACGGCUGUGUGUUCGACCAGCUCGCUGCGGAGCAGAGCGGGGCUGAAAAACAGGAGAUCUCGAUGGGGGAGUUUCUGGUCCACUCGCCGGUGGUUUGGUUGAAUCCUCUUCCUUCUCUAGGCCGUCUGAGGAAAGAUCCAGAGAUCACUCUGUUCGUGUUCAAACGAGCCGUCAUCCUGGUGUACAGAGAGAACAAACUGAAGAAGAGGAUGACCGGAUCUCGCUCAGCGGAUCUAGACCCCUUCAGGUUCCGCUGGUUAAUUCCAGUGUCAGCGGUUCAGGUCAGACCGGCCAACAUCACAGGCUCAGAGAACCCGUGUGUUUGGGAGCUGGUUCACAGCCGGUCGGAGGUGGAGGGACGACCAGAGACCGUGUUUCAGCUCUGCAGCAGGAGUUUGGAUUCGAAGGCGAGCGUGCUGCGUGCUCUGCGCUCCCUCCUCAGAGAGCGAGCGCCCACCGGCUCUCUGAGGAGGAGCAGGCUGUCGACAGCAGAGAGAGGCGGCUCCUGGAGGAGGCGCCAGCAGCAGCAGCGAUGUCGCUCCGACAAGCAGAGGACAACUCCCCGCCAGUCAGAGGAGAGCUGCAGAUCGGUCCUCGGGGAGACGUGCUCGGAGCCGCUGCUGCCCAGUCGCUCCUCCUCCUCGGACCCCUCGGGGAAGAGGAGCAGACUGUGCUCCCUGACCAGCGAGCUGGAGGCUCAGCUGCAGAGGCUAAACUUCACAGAGGAGGCUGAGAGAGGAGGAGGAGGGGGAGGGGCUUACAGGGAGGAGGAGAAGAGGCGGAGCUCCAGUGUUGUGGACUGUGGCGGUCAGCUGGAGAGAGACUUCAGCAUUCAGAGUCUGACCUCCAUCAUCAACGAGGACUGUUUCUACGACAACAUGCUAGGGAUGCAACAGGCGUCUGUGCCCUCGCUUCAGGGCUAAGCUAACGUGCUAACUCCUUAAAUCAAAGCUGAGCUGGAUUUAAAUCUGACCUCGACUAACAGGAAGUUCUCAAAAGCUGAAGGAUUCAAACUGAGGAAUAAAAUCUUGAAAAGUGUCGAGACAGCACGACCUUCAACAGCUUUCUGAACGACCUCGAGUUUGAUAAGAACAAUAGCUUUAACGUCUGGAGAGGAGCCUUUACCAGCCUUACCUCAACUCUGUUCAAGUUAAAUGCAUCAGGAUCGCUCAGCGUGUAAGUGUGCAACGUGUAACGGACACGACUGCUGGGAACUUCCACAUUUCUUCUUCAGACACGUCGUGGAACUUCAGCGAGAGAAACGCACAGUCACAGUUUACCAGGUUCAAGAUGCACAUGAACUAAAGUGACCUCCACAGAAACCAUCAGACAACACGUCACCAUCCACAAACUCAGAUGUUUUUUUAAACACCUUGAGAGGACGAGGACGGCGUUCAGGUGGAACACAGAAAACACGACUCCAUUCGAUUGAUUAAAAAACGUAAAGAAUGUAAGAAAAGACGGGUUUGAUGAAGAAACACAAUCACUGUGAGCAGAAAAAAAUGAAGACAUUAAAGUGUUUCAAAUAAAAGAGACAAAAUGUUUAGAGAGUGCAUUCUGAAAUUUCAGAGGAAAAUUUUAAAAUAUUUAAUUCUACAUUAAAAAGUGUUCAAAAAUAAAAUUUUAAGAGGUUUUAGAAUAUAAAAAAACGUUUUCUAAGAGUGUAUAUCAGUAUGACACGAGAGGUCAGAGUUCAGUCUCUGACGCUCGAUUCAUUUAUGAAUUCACUUUUGAAAUCUUCAAUUCGACUUUUUUCUACGUCAAACAUUUACUUAUUUAUUUCUAUUUAUGAAGAUUUUUCAUUUAUUUAAGCUACAGUAAGCAAAAUGAAAAUAAUAAACAUAAAUCUAAAUCAUCCUUUUGUAUUAAAAUUCAACUUUGUCCCGUAUAAUCACCUUGCCUUUUUAAAUUUUACAAAAUGAAGCCCUUGUUUUUACAUUUUGAUUUUUUUGAAGUUUGAAGUUUUAUUUUCUUAUCUAAUCCAUCAAAAAGUUUUUCCUUUUCCUCCUGAAAUGUUGAAGCUUUUCAUUCGCUUUAAGUCCCCAUGAAAUAAAAAGUUCAUGUUCCUGUUACACGUUCAUUUAUCUGCAGAAUAUAUUUCAACAAAACAUCAUCUGAGUAUUUGUAGAGAUAAAUAUUUUUAGUUUCUCUUACUGUAAAACGUUUCAAAUGUCUGAUGACUCAUCCUGCACUCGGGCCUUAACUAAUUUUUCAACCAAUUAAAAAGCUAUGUCGAAGCAAACGAUCCAAUCAAAUUCAUCCCAAAGUUAUGCCCCGCCUCCAAUCUUCUGAUUGGUUCUAUCCCGAUUGAGCUGGUAUUACCUCACGGCGCGACAGCUAGAGCGUCUUGAAGUUCUGUUCUAAAUUACGACUUAAAUCUUGUUAAAAAAAAGUGUUUAAUUUCUAAAAGUCUACAAACAUCCCUCUCUGAGUCGUGACACUUUUUUCACAUUACAAACCAACUUUUCCUUUUAAACGUUUUCACAUAAACUGGAUUAUUAUUUUAUUAUUUGAUGUUGUUACUCGUCCUCACAGUGAUGCUGAAACUCUGGAAGUUUUCUUUUAGUCUCAGGAGAAGAUUUAAAAACCAAAUCGAUGAAAAUGUGUUCAAACCUUUAAAAAGAGACUUCAUGAUGGAAUCAAAAGAAAACCUGCUUUUUGUUUUUCUGAAAUCGCCCGGUGGAUUAAACGUUUCUACGAGGACCAAAAACAUCUUUUUGACUUCAGGACUUUUGUGUUGUCUCCAGGAUCUAUAAAACAUUUCCUACCUGAUCUCUCUGGUCUGGAGGUCACUUCUCUCCUCCGCUGAUGUCGGACAUUUCUUUCUUUUCUUUGCUGCACUCGGCUGCUCGUUGUAAAUACCUUCUUGUACAGUUUGCAGUUUUCUGUGUCGCAGAUAUUCUCUUGACAAAAGCAGUUUGAAGUUUAAAUAUCUGAAGCUGCUGGAUCGGAUCAAAGCCUUCGUGUAUCUGUCAGUUUGUAUUUUUGUAUUUAUAUAUUUUGUUCCUGAAGCUGUUUUCAUUUAAAAUAAACUUUUCACGUUAUUUUUAUUAUUAAGUGUUAAACUAUUUUGGUAAUUUAUUUUCUUAAAUAUUUGUGUACAUCUUUUUUUAUGACGUGAUAAUGUUCAAUAAAUUACAAAGUAUUUAAUUCAAA